AUGUAUACUCUAGUUACAGCUGCACUCGCCUUCGCAGAACAUGGCGAGGAACAGAACAUCAAGCGCGAGAAGAAUCAAAGUAGCGAGGAAAAACAAAAGCAACAGACAGCUCGGGGUCGCUUAGCUCAGAUUGCAAAAACACUUCCGAAAAAGGAUAAGGAGACUGCAGGUACGGAAUUGGAUAUGAAGCGAUUGGUUGACGAGGGGUUACUGGCCAGGCUUCGUUCGGGUUAUAGUGGGGAUAGAGAGCAGGGUGUGGAGUCUUUGAAGACGGUGAGGUGGGAGGGUGGUGUUGGGGAGGGGAUAUUAUCCAGGCGUCGUUCGAACUAUACGAGCGAUAGAGAGCAGCGUGUGGAGUCUUUGAUGACGGUGAGGGGGGAUGGGGAAUCCGAGGUGGCGAUGGAGGAGGGGCGUGAGGAGGGGGAGGAGGAGGAGGGGAUUGAUGGAGUGUGUAAGGAGGAGUCAGAGGGAGAAGUAGAGAGAGGAAUGAAAUAA